AAGUGAUGGUCAGUCGUGUGGAGUUGUUGAUGUAGCUACUUGGCUAACUGUUGACACUCCUUUUAGAUUAAAGUGUAAAUACGAGAAAAGGCUCUGUUAAAUGCUUCUUACCUGGAUUAAACCUUACACUACAAUGUAAUCAAACGAUACGAAAUAAUUGACUGAAAACGACAUCGGAACGGAAUGAACUUUGACCCACACAACUCGAGCCUUCUCACAGUUACUCCAGUUGUUGGGCCGUGUGCCGCUGGUAGUCACCUCAGACCUUGGUCCUGCAGGUCUUGAGCCAUGUCUGUGUGCUCAGCCCUACUGACCCACCGUGUAGCCGGAGGCUGCUCCAGGGUGUUGUGUGGUGUUCCUCUGCCGCUGAGCCACAUCAGAUUUGCCAGUGCAGCUGAGCCCGGUGCAAGAAGAACUGCUGAAGAGGAGCUGGGGGAGGCAGCUGGAUACCUGCCAUUCUUUGGAGCCAAAAUAGGAUCUUUCUUUCAGGAAAGACCAGUUCUGAAGAACCCAUUUCUAGAGGAUGCAUUGCUAAGAGGGUACAUGAGGAGACACCUGCCCCAGGAGGCAGCUUCAUCCGACUUGCAUGCAUUUGGAGAGCGUGUGGCAAAUGAGGUGGAUGUCUGGGGUCGAGAGUGUGAGGUUAAUCCUCCACGGUUGGUGCAAUUUGACCCCUGGGGUCACAGAGUGGACCACAUCAUAACCUCCCCGGCUUGGAAACGUAUGAAAGACCUGUCUGCACAGGAAGGACUGGUUGCCAUUGGCUAUGAGAGGUCAUUUGGGGAGUGGAGUCGUGUGUAUCAAAUGAGCAAGUUGUACAUCUUCUCUCCUUCCUCUGGUCUGUACACCUGUCCCCUGGCCAUGACCGAUGGAGCUGCUAAAGUCAUCCAGUCCAGAGGUGUUUCAUGGCCGGUGGAUGAAGCCUACAGCCAUUUGACCACUCGUCAGCCUGAGCAUUUCUGGACAUCUGGACAGUGGAUGACUGAAAGACAGGGAGGAUCUGACGUGGGCAGUGGCACAGAGACGGUGGCUGUUCCCCAGGAUGACGGUUCAUACAAACUACACGGCUUCAAGUGGUUCACCUCUGCUACAGACGCAGACAUGACUCUGACACUGGCCAGAGUGCAGGACCGAACAGGAGCAACCACAACGGGCAGCAGGGGUUUGAGUUUGUUCUAUGCAGAGGUGAGUAGAGGUGAGGACGGCCGGCUGACCGGUAUAGAGGUUCAGAGACUGAAGGACAAGCUGGGGACAAGACAGAUGCCAACUGCUGAGUUACUGCUGGACGGCCUGCCGGCACACAGGCUCUCGGAGAAAGGGAGAGGUGUAGCCUCCAUAGCAAACAUGCUGACUAUAACCCGAAUACACAACAGCAUCUCUGCAGCGGCCGCAAUGAGAAGGGUGGUGCAGUUAGCUGGUGACUAUGCCACUCGCCGCAGCGCUUUUGGAAAGCUUCUCAAAGACCACCCGCUGCACAUUCAGACCCUCGCUAGGAUGGAGGUGGAGACUCGUGGAGCUUUUCUUCUGGUGAUGGAUGUUUGUCGUCUGUUGGGGCGAGAAGAAAGCGGCAUGGCGACCCGGCAUGACGCAGACCUGCUGCGUUUGCUCACUCCUGUUGCCAAACUGUACACUGGGAAGCAGGCGGUGGCUGUGGUGUCGGAGGGUUUGGAAAGCUUCGGUGGACAGGGCUACAUUGAGGAUACAGGGUUGCCCGGACUGCUUCGCGAUGCCCAAGUGUUGAGUAUAUGGGAGGGAACCACAAAUGUUCUGUCUUUGGACGUGCUGCGCUGCGUGGCUCGUAGCUCAGGAAUGGUUCUUCAUGCUUACUUCACGCAUGCCAAGUGCCUGCUUGCAGGUGCAUCAGGGGUUUCCAGGUUGACGCCGGCGGUAAAAGCAGUCGACUGUGCUCUCUCUGAACUGGAGGUUUUCGUUCAGGUAGCAGCUACAAGAGCUCCUGGCUACCUGGAACUAGCAGCCAGGGACCUGGCUUACAGCCUGGCUCGUAUCUACACAGGUGCCCUUCUCAUUGACCAUGCCUGUUGGGUGGGAGCCUCUUCCUCGGAUACGUAUGCAGCUCUCAGGUGGUGUGAACAGGAGUUGUGCCCUGUGGCGACUAAACAGACGAGAGGCUGCUAUGAUCUCAGCUCAGCGUCACUUGAUGUUGAACUUGUGUAUGACCGACCCACCCAAGGCUGAGGGUUGCCUGAUUGAUUUCUACAGUGUUCUGGGGCAGAACUAGUUGUGACUGUUUAAUUUGGUAGAUGACUUAGACCAUGUUUUAUACAAAAUAAGGAAUUAAAAUAUAACCCAAUUAUGGAAAAGGAAUGGCUAAUGUAGUAUAUAAUAUAAUAAAGUUCUGUCUAAUAGGAUUUGGGUAUUUAUGUAAUUAACUUCUGUAUAUGAAGUAUCUGAAAUAUCUGGUUUUUGUCUGUAAUAAAUAUGGAACCAUAGAAGUUUAAGUGGCAAAGUCACGAAUACUGCUGCGUUAUUUACACGCUUAGGGAAACAUUGAGCAAAGAUCAACAGACAACCAAUGAAAUAGAGCACAGGUCACAAGUAAGACAAGCUGUACAUAAAUACAUGCUGCCUUUUUUCUGUUGGUGAAAUUGCAUUUGUAAACUCAAAUACAUCCUAUAACAGUGGUUUAUUAUAGUAUCUUUUUGUAUGAUCUAUUCAAAAAAAUAUUAACUGUGCAGUUUUAGAAAAUGUAUACACCAGUUAGUUUUGUUCCGACUGCUAUGAAUUUAUAUUGUUAGUUCACCUUAUCAUUGUUGUAUUGUACCCAAACUAUAUCUAUUGAUUUGAGGGCAAAGUCCUCUAAUGCUAUGGAGUGAUGUACCACAUAUUUUCGGGAAAUAAAUAAAAAAACUAAUCGAUA